AUGUCUGGUACAAUCACGAUAAAGAUGCACGACAAAGAAGUUGAAUUUGAUUUAACUGAAAAUAAGAUCACCUUCAUCUCCAUCAAAUCAGCCUGCCUUCUUACCAAUGAGGCGAUUGUUUCUUUGUCAUACGAACUCAAUGGCCGCCGAAAAUUUUGCCAGUAAGUCACAUUUCUCAUUUUAAAAUAUUUUUAUCUGAUUUAAUUUCUAUUUCAAUUAAUUUAGGAGCCAAGUGGUCCCCGAACCGUGUUUUGUGCUUCCCGCUGGCUGGCCGACCAUGCAGUUCAAUGUUGAAUCAAUCGAGUACCAUCACGACCAUCAACGCCUGCUGAUCAAGGUAUUUUUUGGAUAUUUUAACGCUUUUUUUUUAUCGAUUUUAAACAUUUUAAGAUUAAUUGCAACAUUAAUAAUUUAUCAAUUCUAGGUCCGAAUCAGAAGAAGCAAAAACUUGAGCCAAACCCCGAACAACUCCCUAUAGACGGUGAUCUGGCUGCCUAUGUUGGACGAUUUGCUCUCUACUACAAUGUGAAGGGUGACAAUUACAAGAGAUGUGCCGUUCCGCUGACUCCAAGACUCGCAGCAACAUGUCGCCAUGGAGAAAACAUAGCGAUCAAAGAAGGUUUGUUGGUUAAAGGUUUAUUUCAAUUGGCUAUUUAUAGAUGAUGAGAUUGUUAUUCGUUCUUGGGCAGAUAAAGAAUUCAAAGUGGCGACUCGUGUUGUGAAAAUCAUUGAAGAAUUCGACACCAUCAUCUUGCGGUCAGAGGGAGUGGAUAUUUGUGAUAGAAAUUUCAUUUCCGAAUCAACUGUACCUCGAAAAGGGAUGCACUAUUUGAUGGUAAUUUUUUAUCAAAUAAAGUACUUUCUAAAUUGCUUCUCAAAAAACACUUUUUUCAGAUGGGAUACUCGAUUCGUCAUGAAAAAACAAAUCAUCUAUCGCUUUCAAACGGAAUAAUCGCAAGUGAUGUGACUCGAAGAGCGUGUUAUACAGGUUUGUUGGUUAUAGGUUUACUUCGAUUGGCUAUUUACAGGAACGAGUGGAUCAUUCAAAGGAGACAGCGGUGGUGGUUGUUGGGACGUAGAUGGUCGAUUAAUUGGAAUGCAAAUCGCAGUUGAGAAAGUCCCCCACACGAGGGACAAUGGACGUCCAGCAUCUCCCGCAGUCGGAGGUCGUUGCCUAAUCGUUCCAGUCAUCGCUAUCGAAGCCAUUAUUCGGGUAAUAUUAACUGAUAAUUUCGUUCAAAUAAUCUUUGAACUUUAGGAUUUAUUGCCACAGGAAGACUCGGAUGGAGGAGCUGAAUGGAAUGAGUAG